UUGAGCCCCCAACAAAAUACCGUUGCCCGGCAACUCAUUUGUGUGUGUUUACUAUUUUAUUUACAAUUCCUGUGGCAAGGACGCACAAUGGAUCUGAUCAAGGAGAUAAACGACAAAUACUUGGCCCUCGAGGCCGAAAUCGACCAAAAGCUGGAGAAGGUACAAGCUGAGGAACUAAAGUUGGAACUCCAAACCGAAAGACUAGCGGAAACAUCCCUCCAUCCACCUGCUCCCAAAGUUUUAUCCUACGAAGAGGCUCUGUUGAGGAACAGCAAUACCUUAAAAGCCUUAGAUAUAGCCAAGGCCCGGCUGAGAUCCCGCUCCACCUACUCCCCGGUAGAGAAACUCCUUCAACAGGCCCUAGAAAACUACAGAAAGGAGCUUGAGGGUCUCCAGGAGGAGAAGGACGAGCCCAACAACGAGGAGGACGAGGAGGAUGGCAACCUGUACGACUUGGUCAUGCAGAAUGUAAUCGAGGCCAAAAAGCAGCAGCAGCCGCAGACCUCAGAUCUAUAGGUUAUUUCUUUGGAACUCCCCUGCCAGGCAUGGCUAACUGAUAUAGAUGACAUAUAUAACCCGUAUUGUGUGUCUCGGUUACCAAGCUGAAUAAACACAGUCCAAAUGUACACACGCA